UCGAGGGAGGCGGGACUUCGGCUGUAACACAGACACGUGUACACAGGGAAGCAGGAAGUGAAGCUGUUCUCUAAACAGCAUCAUGAUCGCAGGCGUCAGUCCUGUGCUUCAGGCCCUGCUGGGGACCCUGUUCACCUGGGGCCUCACCGCAGCUGGAGCCGCUCUCGUCUUCGUCUUCUCCAGCGGACAGAAGCGGAUCUUGGAUGGCAGUCUGGGAUUUGCCGCAGGGGUCAUGCUGGCGGCGUCCUAUUGGUCUCUACUGGCUCCUGCUAUCGAGAUGGCAGAGGAUUCUGGGAGAUAUGGCGACUUUGCCUUCGUGCCUGUCGCUGUGGGUUUUGCACUCGGGGCUCUGUUCGUUUAUAUCGCCGACCUGAUGAUGCCCGUUCUGGGUGUGGGGACGGAUCCUCAUAUGGCUGUGGUGCUGCAGUCUGAUGCCAAACUGAAGAAGAAGAGCUCGAUGGCCGGCCUGUCGGAGGAGGAGCAGCUGUCCAUCAGGAUAGGUAGAGCAGGAGUUCACUCAGAUAAAAUCGAGAAUGGAGAGGUGUAUCAGAGACGCAGGGGUCUCAACACCGGCCACACAGAGGAGCAUGACCUGAGUCCUACAGCACAGGAAGUGAGCGGUCAAACAGGAAGCAGCUGGAGGCGAAUCGUUCUGCUGAUCCUGGCCAUCACCAUACACAACAUUCCCGGUGAGUCUCUCCUCGUCUCCUCUUAUAUUCCUCCGUUAUUCAUGUCCACAUGUGAUAUCCGUCUCCUGAGUGCCGGGAAACCAGCGCAGCACACGGUUGAGCUGGAGAGGGAUCUGGACAAAGCCGACGGCAUGAUCCGGCUCCUCUUCAACGACGUUCAGCUGCUCAAAGACGGGCGCCAUCUGCAGGCGGAGCAGAUAUAUCGCAGCCUUGCCUCUUUGAACCUUAAUUUGUCCAACUGUCCAGCCAUUGAGGGCAAAUGGUCUUGGUUUUCCGCACAGAUCAGCUCAGUCCCUAUAUGGUGCAUGUACAGUCGAUCGGACAAUGGGAAAACUCCCUCGGCUACGUUUGAAAGUGCCAGAAAUUUGGCUGUAGGCAUUGGCAUUCAGAACUUUCCAGAAGGCCUUGCCGUGAGUCUCCCAUUGCGGGGUUCUGGAGUGUCCACAUGGCGAUCCUUUUGGUACGGGCAGCUGAGCGGGAUGGUGGAGCCUCUGGCGGGGUUGCUAGGGGCCGUUGCCGUGGUGCUGGCGGAGCCGUUGCUACCGUACGCUCUGGCCUUCGCUGCAGGAGCCAUGGUGUAUGUGGUGGUGGACGACAUCAUUCCUGAAGCCCAAGUCAGCGGGAAUGGCAAACUGGCCUCAUGGACGUCCAUUCUGGGCUUCAUCGUGAUGAUGUCACUGGAUGUGGGGCUUGGCUGAGCCUUUUCAUUGGACGAAUCUUCGAAUGUCAGCUGACUGCACUGAAAAAAAAAGUGACCAAAGCAGCCUUUUUUCUCGGUGUAUAGGUUUAUUAAUCAAUGGAAUAUUUUUCUACUUAAUGUAUUUUAUGUAAUUUUUUUUUUGCUAUUUUAUUUGUUUUAUAUGGGAGCCCAUUU